CUUGCAUUAAAAACAAUAAUUAGAGAGUGUUUAACAUGUUUUAUUUAGUUGUUUUUUUACGUACAUGGACCAGUAAUUUAUAGGCAAUGGAAGACUCCGUAAAACACUGUACUGAAUCUACAAUAUACUCAAAUAAUACAGGAAAACUUCAUAAUAAUAAAAGAGGAAGACCGGUUAAAUCAAAAAAUAUUCAAUUUGGUCCACAACCGCCAUCGAUUAUUUCUCAGUUACUUCGGAAAAAUGUAGAAAAUAUUAUUAAGCAUAACAAUAUUACUGAUGAGCAAAUACCAAACACCAUUGAAGGUGACAAUAAAAAUGAAGAUACUGAUUUUUUAUGUAUUGUUUGUUCAUUAAGGUUGAGUAAUAAGAAAGAAUAUAAAAAGCAUUUAAAAGUGCAUAAAAUAUAUUCCUGCAAAUUUCCUGAAUGUAAAUAUUCUACGAAGUUAUCAUCAAAUUUAAUAAAGCAUAAAAGAAAGCAUACUUUAGAAAAACCCUUCUUAUGUGACCAGUGUACAUUUCAAACCAAUUUUAUUAACUCUUUGAAGGUUCAUAAAAGGAUUCAUACAGAAGAAAGACCCUAUACCUGUAAACAUUGUAGUUACAAAUGUAACAGUAGUUCUAACUUGAAGAAACAUUGUCAAUAUCGUCACCUAAAAGACAUUCCUUAAAUUAAAUUAUUAAUGUGGAGUUGUUAUAUGUAAUUUAAUAUAAUGAUUUAUUGUACACCAUUUUACCAUUAUUGAAACAAAUACUAUUUGAACUGUACUG